UAAAUUGUAUUGUUCUUAAAGAUUGUUUAAUGUAAUCUAUCCUAAAGCUUUAAGAGGGGUAACAUAUAACCGAGAUAGUUUUACGUCUUCUUCCGCUUAGGGUAGGACAUUCAAGGUGGAUUGUUUUGAUAGAAUCUUAAAGAAAAAAGGGACUGGUAAAGAUGGGACUGAUACAGACUGUCGGACGCUUUCUGCUGGUUAUUAUCAACCUGAUACUUGUGAUAGUGUCGUUGGCGCUUAUCAUAGUAGGUUUUCUCGUGAAGUAUUCAGGGGAUGUUUUCGAGAAAUAUACAGAACCUGCCCUUGACAAAAUCAUUGAAAGCUCCCAGGGUUCCUUUGGCGACGCUGAUUUCACAGCAGAAAAAUUUGACAUUGCGGAGUUGUUUGGUACGACUGCAACCAUGUUAAUCAUCAUUGGAUUUGUACUCCUCACAAUUUCUUUCCUUGGGUCCUGUGGAGCCUGCUGUGGAGUAAAGUGUAUGCUCCUCUUGUAUUCGGUGAUUCUAAUUGUGCUUGUGCUGGCACAGAUUGUCUUCAUCGUCUUCCUGUUUGGCUACCCAGACGUGUUGAAGAAUGCGAUGAAAAGUCCGCUUAAAACACUGCUGAAGAAUUACCAAGGAUUAAACGGCACAAAUGUAGAGUCUCUUGGUUGGAACUUUGCCAUGACAGAGUUUGGCUGCUGUGGACUUGAGAAAUCGGACGAUUUCAAGAGAGGUGACAGUGCUUGGUUUGGUGAGGAAGACUCUAAUUGGAAGACACCGGUCGCUUGCUGUAAAAAACUCCCAACAACCAACAACUUUGAUUGUGCUAAGGCCAAUGGAAAUGAUGCAGAACAUAACAAUUACAACAAGGGAUGUGUUGACGAAAUCUGGAAAGUUAUGAUAGAAGACAACAAAAAGUACACCUACUUAGGCACAGGAGGAAUACUAGCGUUCCAGCUGCUGAUGAUUGUGUUUGCGUUGGUGCUCUACUGUAAAGAUGACGACAACAAAGUGACCCCAAUGGAACACCAACAACAACGGGGAAAACGCCAGAGGAAUCCUCGAUCAUCUUGGUAGAAAAACAGACAAUAAGUGUUAUAUACACUCAACGGUUUAUACACGCACUUCUUUUGUAAAAACAAACAAUAUCAUAUUUAUAAAUGCCUCGUCGCUCCAAAAAGGAACAUUUGGUAUUUUUACGCCAAUUGGACAUAUUCUUCAGAGUUCUGUUUCAAGAAAUGUUACUCAUAUGUUCAAAUAUAGUUGCCAUAAAAACUUCGAAAUUCCUAUGACGUUAUUGCCGUGUUUAAAACGUUUCUUUCAAGAACGUCGUUCUCAAAGAUAUUUCUUUUUGUCGUGAUGGUGUAAAUUUUGCUGACUGUCAGGUUGCUGGAUUAACCGCUGAUGUUUGUUUAUAUUUGAAAACUGUUACUGUGAUAUUUAAAGAAAUUCAAAUGUGUUGCUCAAAUCAGAUAUAUAGCUCAAGUUAUUUCGAUGACUAGCAACAACUUAUGUUAUAUAAUAGUUUUUACAUAUGGUCCCCUGCAUGUUUUUUUAAAUUCCUAAAUACUAAGGUUACCCUUUAUCAUCUAUUUUCAGUGUAUGUAUAUGCUAAUUGUUAACAAUAAGUAAAUAAUAAAGCAGUAUUCAUUCAUGAAAUUAUACUUUCUGUCUGUAAAAAGAACAAUAAUAAUAAUAAUUAUUAUUACUAUUA